AUGGAUGUCAUCGGUCCUAUUGAGCCAGCCGCGUCAAAUGGACAUAGGUUCAUUUUGGUAGCUAUCGAUUACUUCACAAAAUGGGUAGAAGCAUCCUCACAUAAGUCAGUGACAAAGAAGGUGGUGACAGAUUUUGUUCGCAAUAACAUAGUUUGUAGAUUUGGCAUUCCCCAUUCGAUUAUAACAGAUAAUGGGGCUAAUCUCAAUAGCGGUUUGAUGCAUGAGAUAUGUGAUAAGUUCAAAAUCGUUCACCGCAAUUCUACUCCUUAUCGACCACCGAUGAAUGGAGCAGUUGAGGCUGCCAACAAGAAUAUCAAAAGAAUAUUGCGGAAGAUGAUUGAUAAUUAUAAGCAUUGGCAUGAAAAUUUGUCGUUUGCCCUCCUCGGCUAUCGCACCACGAUUAGGACUUCGACUGGGGCAACACCUUAUCUUUUGGUUUAUGGAACAGAAGCAGUAUUACCAAUGGAAGUUGAGAUACCAUCCCUAAGGAUAAUCCAAGAAGCUGAGUUGAGUGAUGCCAAAUGGAUACAAAGAUGA